UUAACAGUUUCAUAAAAUGCAUUAAUUUUACUAAAGCCUUUGAUGAAGGACAGUUGGCACGCAAGCUAAUGUAAAAAGCAAUAAAUCUUUCUCUAUUCUACGUGAAGUGCCAAAGAGAAAUCAUGACGUGCACUUAUCAGAGCAUCAGAAUGUUUCGCUUCCAGAAAACCUUUACUAUUUUUUCUACAAAAUACCUCGUAAACCUCAUAGAGUAAAAAAUCAUUAUAAAAAAGUGACAAUUGAGCUUGUUCAAUAAUCGAGUAUUUGCCUAACAAAAAAAAUUUACUCCUACACGAUUGAAUAGGUCUCCUGUAAGAAAGAAUUUUGAAUCUAAUCGAAUGGUAAAUUAUUCAAACAAUUAUGUAAGUUUAAUUUUCACUCUUCAAUAUUCAAAGACUACACAUGGAAUUUAAUAAUAGAGUACGUUUCAGGCGAGGUUUCAGGGCUCUGUGUAUUAUAAAUGUACAUUGUAAAUGCAUGUACUCCCACUUUACUCUCGAACAAUAAAAACUAAGAAACACGCCAAACGCAGUUGCAUCGCCAUUCCCACGCAUGUGCAAUGAUAUUAUGUAUGGAAAUACAUAUGGAAGGGAUUUCUUGCGCUAUUUCGAGAUAAUCUAACGAAAAGUUUCAGUAUAUCCUGUAUCGCUUCUGAUGAGCUCUAAUGUAAUCACAAUAUCUUGCUUGCAAAACACGUCGCUUAACAAGAAGAUACGUUGACGAAAAUGGAAGAAAAUGUCCAAGUGCAAGUUCAAGACAAUUCGCCCACGAUAGAUCACAUCUUGCGUCCAAUAUCGUACACUUCCUGGCUCUUCGGCGUCGGAGUUGCUCGUCCGCGAGAGUACUCCAGGGCUAUAACAAUAAUCGUACGUUUUGUUCAUCUGGUCGCAUGUACCGUUUACAUGGUGUACGGUAUAACACGCAUCAUCCUUUUUGGCAGUGCCGUCACUGACACCGACAUAAUGAAGUUUACAUACUCAAUGUGCAUGAUGACGCUCUUUGUAUCGUCGUAUUAUAACAUUUAUUUUGGGAUCAGGCACUACGACAAGUGGCCGAAGCUGAUGGACAGAAUAAAGGAGCUUGAUCAGGAGAUCAGGAACGAAACAUCUAUAAAUAAUCAGCCUGUAAAAAUUGUAGAAGCGCUAGCGAUUGUGACGACGUUUGUUUGGUGUCCUUUGUUUCAAAUUGCGCACGUCCUGAUUUACAACCAUACAAAUCCGGAGAACAUUAACGUGUCUGACAUUCUGUUUUAUUACAUGGUAGCUCAGUCCUUGAUUAACAACUUCGUUUUCGAUAUUGUUGUCUAUUUGCUUUAUUAUAGAUUCCGAACAAUAAAUAACGUGAUCUGUCGAAUCAAGUUUAAUAAGCUGUCUGAUGCGUCACGGAUCGUGUUCAAGAUUAAACGCAUCAGAAAAUUGCAUAAUAGUAUUUGUCAUCUGGUCAACAUGGUAAACGAUAUUCACGGCUACCACCUCCUUUUUUGUUCGGCGAACUGCUUCUGCAUGAUUGUGACUACUUUAUUCAUAAUUUACACAAAUAUUGUGCGGAAAAACUACGCGUAUAUAUGUGUAAAUAACAUCGUUUGGAUACAGUAUGCCGUGCAAUUUGGCUUGAUGUGUUGGAUUUGCUCACUUACGCGUCAAGAAUCUGACAAGAUUGGAGAAUCUUUAUGCGAAAUUGUACUAAAUUCUAAACCCAUGAGUCUUGAUAAGGUAAACGAGGCAGGGAAUAAAUCUAGUCUAGAGAUGCGCUCGCUAUUUGUAGACAGCGAACAAAGUUCUAAUAGGUGCUGCAGUCACAAUCGGAAUUACGUCGCCUUGGAAAAACUUUUGCGUAAAAACAUGGACCGAGAUUCUAUCAGAAACGAAAUCAAUGAUUUUAUAAUUCAGCUGCAACAAUAUCGAGUAACAUUUACGGCUCGCGAUUUCUUUAAAAUGAACAAUGGCCUGUUCACUAAAUUUGUCGAGUUUGUCAUCACUUAUCUUGUAAUCUUCAUUCAAUUUUAUCAACCACCCGAAGAUACAACCGAAGUAAAACGUCCAAUGAAAAUAUUUUAAAAUGCCAAAAUUUUUUGCAUUAUAUUUCCAUUACGUACUGACUAUAAUAGUUUUUUUUCAUACUGGAAUUUAAUAAUAAAAAGAAAUAAAUUAUUAUAAAUAGAGAACAUCAACCCAUAUGUGAUAAUGCAAAUAUUAAACAAUAAACCUUAUAAAUCAUAGCUAGAUCUUAGUGUUGAUAUUUAUUGUCUGAUUUUAUAUACAUUUUCAAGCUCACGAAACUGUGCGUCGAAUAACUUUUUGGUUUAGAAACAUAGAUUUAACUAUAAGUUGAACAAGAAAUAGUAAUAUCACAAUAUUAAAUAUUUAAAAAUUAGUUUAAUAAUAUGGAUGCUAACAAGCAUAUAAAUGUUAGAACCUCCCGCCCUGAAAAACUGUAAAGAAUUUGUUGCGAAAAAUAACAGCCAAGGAUUAAACCUGUGACUUCUCGACUUUCUGAGGCGGGAAUCUUAGCCAAUUCAACACUGAGGCCAAAAAGGAAUAAAUCUGAUAAAAUUAUUAUCAAGAUUUGAUAAUAAAAUGUUUGUAACUAUUUUUGACGACUUUUGACUUUUAGGUUAAAGAGAAAAUAACAAUAUUACAAAAAGUGGCCAACAAAUAGAAAAUUAAAGCACAGUAAAUGAGUGAAUUAAUGACAAAAUAGUUUAAUAAUAACUUUAGAAUAGAAAAAAUAAGUUGUUCACUUUUAGUUUAUUUUCAUGAGUUUACACGUGGAAGUUUUAAUGUACACCGAUAUUAAAGUAUAGGGAUUGUUAAUAAAAAAAUAAUAUAAAAUUACUAACAGGCAAUAAUAAUAUAAUUACUAACAAAAAUGUUAUUUUAUAAUGAGGAAUUAUCGAAUAUAGAGGAUAAAACAAGUUGUAGAUCUAAAAAAAAUUUUACAUAUAUAUAUAUAUAUAUAUAUAUAUAUAUAUAUAUAUAUAUAUAUAUAUACGUAUGUAUAUUGGAAAGCGUUCAAAUAACCUAUUUUAUUAUUCUUGGAAGAUUGCCCGACAUUUUUUAGAUAAAUAAACAUUUUUCAUGAAUGUAUGGCCUUUCAACAUAACUGCAAAGAUUUUAAAGGUGUCUGUUUUAGUCAUUUUUAGACUUUCUCCGUCCCUUCUUCACAUUUGUAUGUGUCAAACAUAAUAAAUGUCUAUUUUAUUUGAUUUGGAAAAUUUCCUAAAACUGUGUUACGUUUACGGUGAGCAACUAAUGGCUCGCAAUCUAAUGUUGCAGAAAUUUUAUUGUUACUUGUAAAUCAAUGCAGUCAAUAAAAUUAUUAUUAUGAUUAUUAUUAUUAAAUUCCAAAGUGUUAUUUCGUUGUUUAUUUUUAUAUGCAUGAAAACAAAUUUACACGCUUUUCAAAAUAUUUCACAUUCAAAAAAUCCUCACUUUGUUUUCUGCAAAAUAUAUUGGAACCUUGUAAUCAGUACAUUCCAGAAUUCUUUACCUCGUUAUCUAAACGCAACACUUGUCAUUCUCUUGUUCGUGUGAUAAUUCUUAAUAGAUUACGUCUUGUCUAGUUUAUAAAUUAAAUAUUAUAUUAAGUCAUAUUUAUAAAAUAAAAAUAAUUUAUUUUUUAA